CGCCCCUCCAGUUUCCGCGCGCCUCUUUGGCAGCUGGUCACAUGGUGAGGGUGGGGGUAAGGGGGCCGCUCUAGCUUGCGGGCUGUGUCUAUGGUCGGGCCCGUAGCGUCCAGCUGCACCGGACAGAGCUCGAGUGUAUGGCGCCUCAGGAUCUGGCUCCGGGGCCCCGAUAACGGGCCGCCCCCGCAGCUCCCGGCACGGAGUGAGGGUCUCCUCUGAUCUGAGAAUGGCUACUCCUCGAUAUGAGCCAGUGGCCGAGAUUGGUGUUGGUGCUUAUGGAACCGUGUACAAGGCCCGUGAUCCCCACAGUGGCCACUUUGUGGCCCUCAAGAGUGUGAGAGUCCCUAACGGAGGAGGUGCUAGCGGGGGCCUUCCCAUCAGCACAGUUCGUGAGGUGGCCUUACUGAGGCGGCUGGAGGCUUUUGAACAUCCCAAUGUUGUCCGGCUGAUGGAUGUCUGUGCCACUGCCCGAACUGACCGAGAGACCAAAGUGACCCUGGUGUUUGAGCAUGUGGACCAAGACCUAAGGACAUAUCUGGACAAGGCACCCCCACCAGGCUUGCCAGUGGAGACUAUCAAGGAUCUGAUGCGCCAGUUUCUAAGAGGCCUAGAUUUCCUCCAUGCCAACUGCAUUGUUCAUCGAGAUCUGAAGCCAGAGAACAUUCUGGUGACAAGUGGUGGGACAGUCAAGCUGGCUGACUUUGGCCUGGCCAGAAUCUACAGCUAUCAGAUGGCACUUACACCUGUGGUCAGUAGAAAGGUUGUUACACUCUGGUACCGUGCUCCGGAAGUUCUUCUGCAGUCUACGUACGCAACACCUGUGGACAUGUGGAGCGUUGGCUGUAUCUUCGCAGAGAUGUUUCGUCGCAAGCCUCUCUUCUGUGGAAACUCUGAAGCUGACCAGUUAGGCAAAAUCUUUGACCUGAUCGGGCUGCCCCCAGAGGAUGACUGGCCCCGAGAUGUGUCUCUGCCCCGAGGAGCCUUUUCCCCCAGAGGACCCCGUCCAGUGCAGUCAGUGGUACCUGAGUUGGAGGAGUCUGGAGCACAGCUGCUGCUGGAGAUGCUGACUUUUAACCCACACAAGCGAAUCUCUGCCUUCCGAGCCCUGCAGCACUCUUAUCUACAAAAGGCAGAAGGUAACCCAGAGUGAGCAGUGGAGUGGCUGCAACAGGACCAAGAGAAGAAAAGCCGUCGUCUCCCUUCCUUUGAACACUUGAGUGGAGAGCCCCCCAACUGAGAAGGCGACCUCAGCUUCAUCUCUGAGGCUGUGGAAACUCCUCCCAGCUCUCCAGAGAGUAUUUUGCUGCCUUAAUGACAUUCCCCUCCCAUCCCAUCCCUCCUUUUGAAGCUUAUCCUUCCCCUGCCCCUCCUCCCCCCCCCCCCCGAUUUCCAUACACCAAGGGGUAUCUUCCUUGUUUUCCCCCUUCCUAUCUUGAUAUUGGGAUCUUUUUUUAUACAGGAAAAACAAAACAAAACAAAGAAA